UGAGGAGCGGGGGCUCCUCUGGACGCGCGGCUCACUUGUGCAGGAGAAGCAGGCGGGGAGAGAGAGAGAGAGACGCGGGUCCGACGGCGCGCCCGGACGCAGCGCCGCUCUUUUGCUGCCGCGCCGCCGGGGUCGCCUUCGCUGGUGCGCGGGCUCGCCAUGGCCCUGCCCGGGCACCGCCAGGCGCCGCCGCCGCCACCUCCUCCUCCGCCACCUCCGUCGCCGGCUCCUCUUCCUCCUCUUCUUCAGUAAAGGCUCAGCCGAAGCCGGCAAAAGAAGGACGGCCGGCGAGAAGGGCGCGGGGCAGCCAGUUGUGAAGGCUUCUAUUUUCUCCACUUCCCCUAGCAAGGAAUGCUGUGACUGUGGAUGGUCCAGAAAGCUGCCUGAGGAAGGAGAGUCAGCGCCAGCUCUAGGCUAAAAACUGGAAAAGAGACUGGACUGGAACAGAGCAAAAAAGGAGGGAGAAAGCAAACCACCCAGAAGAAAACAGCUACAUAACCCAUAUCCCCUCACAACAAUCUUCACACAUUGCUGUGCCUUGUCGAGAAAUACAGCUGUAUAAGUCCACAUACAGAAACCACGCAGCGUGUCUGUUUUCCCUUGCCACCAUGUGUCACCAUCGUCUUUGGCAGAAUUAAGAAGCAGCCACUGGCAUUUCGGACACGCGAGGAAGAGGAAGAAGAAGAAGAGCAAGCAAACAUCUGUCCUAGUUCCGCAGUUAACAACAUUGUAAAAUAGAGGUUUAAAAAAGGGCGUGGGUGGGAAGAAAAAAAAAAGGAACUCCUAGGGGAUUUCUCCUACUUUUUUUCCCCUUGCAAAAUAUAUCUAUCAGGGAGUGCCCUGCACAGGUUUUUCCCACCCUGUUCUCGAUACUGCACGCGGACGUUCACUUGCACCAACCAUGAUGUUUCGAGACCAGGUUGGAGUAUUGGCAGGUUGGUUCAAAGGCUGGAAUGAGUGUGAACAGACGGUUGCUUUGCUUUCCUUACUGAAGCGAGUGACUCGUAGCCAGGCCCGUUUCCUUCAGCUCUGCCUUGAGCAUUCCCUGGCCGACUGCACAGAACUGCACGUUCUGGAAAACGAAGCCAACAGUCCUGGAUUCAUUAACCAGUGGCAGCAAGAAUCAAAGGACAAAGUGAUUUCUCUGUUGCUCACCCACCUGCCUUUGCUGAAGCCAGGGAAUAUUGAAGGAAAAGUGGAGUACAUGAAACUACUUCCCAAAAUCCUGGCUCACUCAAUUGAACAUAACCAACACAUAGAGGAGAGCAGGCAACUCCUGUCCUAUGCUUUGAUCCAUCCUGCCACAUCCAUGGAGGACAGGAGUGCUCUUGCCAUGUGGUUGAACCACUUGGAGGACCGCACAUCGGGUAUCUUUGGCAGCCAAAACAGAGGCCGGUCUGACUCGGUGGAUUAUGGGCAGUCACAUUACUAUCACCAAAGACAGAACUCGGAUGAUAAACUCAACGGGUGGCAGAGCUCUCGGGACUCUGGCAUAUGUGUGAAUGCCUCCAGCUGGCAAGACAAAAACCUGGGGUGUGAGAAUGGCCACCUCCCUCUCUAUUCCUCGUCCUCUGUUCCUGCAACUAUCAACACGAUUGGGACUGGCACAGGCACAAUUCUCUCAAGUCAGACCCAUCACAGCCCUCUGAAACGGUCUGUGUCCCUCACCCCACCCAUGACUGUGCCUAGCCAGCCCCUCGGACAUGGAUGGAUGUCUCAUGAGGACUUGCGGGAUAGGGGACCCCAGGGCAUCCCUUCCGAUCAUGCCCCCCUGUCUCCGCAAAGCAGUGUAGCCUCCUCAGGCAGUGGUGGGAGUGAACAUUUAGAAGAUCAGACUUCUACUCGUAACACAUUCCAGGAAGAAGGGAGUGGUAUGAAAGAUGUUCCUGCCUGGCUCAAAAGUCUGCGUCUCCAUAAGUAUGCUGCCCUUUUUUCCCAGAUGACCUAUGAUGAAAUGAUGUCCUUGACAGAAUGUCAUCUUGAGGCUCAAAAUGUUACCAAAGGUGCAAGGCAUAAGAUUGUGAUCAGUAUCCAAAAGUUAAAAGAGAGGCAGAAUCUCCUCAAAUCCUUGGAAAGAGAUAUCCUAGAAGGAGGCAACCUGCGCCUCCCUCUGCAGGAGCUUCACCAAAUGAUCCUUACCCCUAUCAAAGCAUACGCUUCUCGGAACCUGUCAGUGGAUGAGCACACUUCUCACCUCCAUCGACCAACUUCUCUGAUUGGCUCAGACAACCCAGGGUUGGAUUGCAAGGACUCUGCCUCAGGAGGAAUGCAGCACCACAGCUUACCCGGUUGUGAGGGGGAAACUGGAGGUGUCCCUUUGCCAGAAGGGGACAUCCCAGGACAGUUUACUAAAGUGAUGGGAAAAGUUUGUACCCAGCUCCUUGUCUCCAGACCUGACGAGGAGAAUAUAAGCUCCUAUUUACAACUCAUAGACAAAUGCCUAAUUCAUGAGGCAUUUACCGAGACACAGAAGAAAAGACUGUUGUCAUGGAAACAGCAGGUGCAAAAACUAUUCAGGUCUUUCCCUCGCAAAUCCAUCUUAGACCUCUCGGGAUACCGGCAGCAAAGAACCCGAGGUUUUGGCCAGUCAAACUCCUUACCGACAGCUGGAUCUGCAGGUGCAGGAAUGGGCAGAAGAAACCCACGCCAAUUCCAAAUUCCCUCUCGAAAUCUCCCCACUACACGGCUGGGGCUUUUGGGUCCCAGUGGCCUCCUAGGAGCCAGCCAGCGCAACGGAGCUGCCAACCCCACCAUCUUAAAGCAAGGAAGACAGAAUCUUUGGUUUGCAAAUCCAGGAGGAAGUAACAGUAUGCCCAGCCGAAGCCAUAGUUCUGUACAGAGGACUCGUUCACUGCCCGUCCAUACCUCUCCUCAGACAAUGCUUAUGUUUCAGCAACCUGAGUUCCAGGUCCCAGUGACAGAACCCGAUAUCAAUAAUAGGCUGGAGUCCUUGUGCCUGAGUAUGACUGAACAUGCCCUAGGAGAUGGUGUUGACAGAACCUCAACUAUCUAGAAGAUGGAAGAAUCUACAGUGACAACGCUGGCCGUGAGAAAAUUUGGCUGCUGGACCAGUGGUAGAUUUCAUGAUGAGUCCCUUGUCAUGCUGAGGAUCCCUGGAGAUACACUGCAUCCUUUCAUUGCUGUUUCCUUCUGUUCUUCUCUCUGCCUUCUCUCUCUUCUCCAUCGCUGUUUCCAUUGUGAAGGGCUGCUUAUCUUAAUGGUUAUAUCAGAAGCAACACAGCAAUUGGGAUAGCACACGCACACACAAAAACAACACUUGGCGUAAGCAAAACAAGUUGGGGGACUUCACCUAAGGGCUGGCAUCCUGGUGCAUGUCUUAAAAGUAUCUAAGGGCAGGCAUCUCAAUAGCAAGGGAAUAGGCAGGACGUCUCCAGUGGAAAUGACGGUGGGUGGGGGUGUGUUUGAUGCAAGUCUUCUAUUAUGAAGAACGAGACCUUUAAGUAUAUUAUGGACACAUGGUCAAGAAGAAGGGAAUCACACAUUGUUUGUCUGUAAAUAUGAGCUGUAUUUCACUGACAUUCAAACCACAAUGGGAGCUGUGGUUUCAUUGAGUGGGCUAGAAGGGAAACUCAAAAGGCCAAUUGGUUUUGCCUCAGUUACAUUCAAAAAAACUAGCUUUGAAUCCUGAGCAUUGUUUACAUAUGAAGGCGGAUAUAAAAGAGCAUGUUGCACGUGCUUCAAACUCCACCUUCCUUCUUCUGCAGAGAAACAAUGGGGUAAAGCCAGCCUAGUUUCCAAACUUGACCUGGAGAGCCAUCCUGCAUGGCCACAGUCCCUGUUGCUCUGGAAAACUACCAGUGCCCAGGUCCCAAUUGCCAAAUUCCUGUAUGAGAUUGUAUGUAUGUGGUGCAGAUAAAAUCUCUUGAGACAUCCAGUGGCUGGGAUAAGGGCACCCCAGAAGGAAAGGAUACCAGCAGUUUUGGCUAGAAGCAAGUCAAAGCCUUCCGAUCUUGGAGGAACCAGGGAAUCCCACUUUCCUUCUCAUCUUGCCAUUAUUAAUAGAUUUUUUGCAUGGUACCUGUGUGUGUGUGUGCGUGCGUGUGCAUCUUUUUUUUCUUUUUGGCUUCAUAGCAGGUUUUGCCUUUUUAAAUAAUGUCAAGUUUCUAGAGAAUUUCAGGCACUUAUAAGUUUUUUCUUGACUUUCCAAGCUGGGCCAGAACGGGAUGCCACGGAAAUGUUGUAGAGCAGAAAGAAGAAAAGUUGAAGAGAGGGCCCUGUUCCUUUGAUUUUGUGUGAAUGACAGAGGGAAGGAGGGAGGGAGGGAGAGAGAGAGAGAAUGAGAAAAUUUUAAAGAUGCUUAAUUGAAAUUUGGCACUAGCCUAGAGCAUUGGGAUGCUCAAAAAUAGCUUUAUGAAAGUUAGUAUCAUCUUAGAGAACAUUGCUCUAUUUUUUUUUUUUUCUGAAAAAGCAGAGGCAUAUACACCAUGGAGAUUUCUUCUUGAUCUUGGUUUGAUAGCAUUUGGAAUUCAGAAGUUAGGGAAGCAAAUAUACAACAUCUGUUCCACCCCUAACUCUACCCCUGUUCCAAAGUAUUAUCUACAUAACAAGUAAGAAACAGUUAGCAAAACAGCAUUAUGAUUGCAGCCUCACAACUGUUGUGUUGUAAUCCAAAGAUGAAUAACAGUGUGCACCAGCUGCAAUUGCUUCCACACCCCUCCCAAGCAUCCCUAUAGGCUGAUUUGACCCUAGAGAAAAUUAAAGGGAAAGAUGAGGUGCCUUAAGCCUCUAUGACAGGGGUGUCAAACUCAUGUCAUCACGGUGGUGUCAUGUGAUGUAUCGGGACUUUUUCCCCCUUCGCUAAAUCAGGCGGAGACGGGGCCAGCACGUGAUGCAUCCAGCCCGUGGGUCCUGAGUUUGGCACCCCUGCUCUACGAGCAAAGAUAUUUAGUUAACACCUUAAACCUGCCAAUUACCAGCAAAAUGCUGAGGACUUCAGCUAUGCCCACAAACAGAGAACCCUCAUGCUGGUCUCUCUUUUAACCCACAUUUUUCCAUUUCUAUACUAAUUAUGUGCUGAGAGGUAGAGACUGUUUUUAAAUAGAUAUAUGUGCGUACAUGAAAAUACAAUAUAUUCCAGUGCAUCACCUACCAGAUAAUAUCAAGUGAUAUGGUGUCACUUAGAAAUCAGUAUUUCACCUUACCAUUUUCUGAUCAUAACCGUGCAGAAAUAAUUGAUGCUUCAGCUCUGUAACUUCAGUUCAGUAACUGUCCAAUCCAUUCAAUAACAAAAUUACAUUUUGGUACUAAUAACUUCCUGUUCCUCCUAUGGAAGAAAAAUAGCCGUGCAUCUUCUUACCCAAAGAUGCAUCCUUAGUUCUUGGGUGUGUGUGAGAGAGGGGGAAAAAGAUUAUAUGUGUGUGUGUGAGAGAGAGUGCCAAGCAACAAACUGUAUAUAGUGAACAAUAAUCCAGUUUGAAACUGGUUGCAUUAUCAUGGCUUCUUGCAUUAGAAAUUGUAGUUUUGUGAAGGUGCUGAAGGUUUGUCAUGAUGAAGCCUAUGCUACAGGUUUAAAUUGGUUUGAAACUACUGCUAAAUAGGAAUACUCCCCCCUUCCCAGUUAUGUAAAAAUCCUGAGCUUUCCAUGGUUCUUUAAUUUCAACUCCAAUACAGAGUUCAUAGACAUAAGAGUGCAGCCAGCAUGAAAGUACCCAAAGUAUGAUUCAGUCAGGCCUAUUUCAGAAAGUCUGUAGUGCAAAUUACUGUGGGGUGUUUUUUUCCUCCCCCAAAUAUGGAAUCCAUUUUUGAUAGGAGACAUUUUUUCCACCUAAUCAAACCUAACAAAGUGCCAAACAUUUGCUGCUGCUUCUUUUUUUGCUUAGAAAAGGGAAGAAGCUAAAGGACUGCUUCUCAAACUCUGUUACUGUCUUAUUUUUAUUUUUUAAUUGAGGCUAUAAAUGGAAGAGAGAUCAUAAUAGGUUUCAGGUAGCAGUAUUUUAAAAGAAUUAAAACUGAUAUUUCUGAACAAAAAGUGCCAAAAUACCCUUUGCUUUGUUUUGUUUCGUGUUUACUAGAGUGCCUGUUAACAAAAAAAGGAAACGGUGGCUUUAUGUUUAGUAAAGAAGGAGUGGAGUGUUGGAGGCAAAGAUUUUAGAAAGUGAUUUUUAAGGCACCUGAGAAAGACAUAAUCUGCUAGGCUAGUUUUAGGCAGAGGUUGUUUUGCAAUUGAUGGAUUCAUAUAUUUGUUCAUUGCUGUAGAUCAGACUUUCCCAUCUGUGAAUCCAUUGCAAAUUCCCAACCAGCAUGAUGUGUGUGUGUGUAUAUAUAUAAAUAUAUAUAUAUAUAUAUGGCCGUAGCAGUGAGGAAUACUGGGAAUUGUAGUACAACAUAUCUGGAAAGAGACCAGGUUAUGUGAGGCUGCUGUGUAAAAUAGGUUGAUUGGUUGCGGUAGGAUAAUCGUCGGGAAAGCAGGUGGAAUGGUGUAGAAAAUAGUUUGGAUGUAGAAACUGAGGGAACAGUUCUGUAGACUUGAGUAUUUUGGAAGUCUAUAAAAUGUAGUUAUGCAGGAAUCUGGGUUGUGGAGAGGAGAAGUAAGAAAAAUAAGUUGUUCCUCAAAAUCAGGGUGCUAUUGUAGAUUAAGGAAGCUUUAGUCCAGGGCUGUCCAAUCUUAAAGACUUGGAAGACUUGUGGAGUUCAACUUCCAGA